UGCUUCAAAGAAGACGGGCGUGUCAGAGCGAAAGGUGACUUGUACAUGACCAUGGAUAAAUAUUUCACGGACCGUCACAACCAGCGCUGGACAUCGGACAAGGAGGCACGACUCAUCGGCCUUUACGAGGAGAACAGGCUGUUGUGGGAUAGCCGCCACCCCGACUACCGCGACAAGGACAAACGCGAACGUGCCAUGAGCGCCAUUGCCGAAGGGUUGCAGGACGAAUUUGACGUGUUGAACGUGAAAAACAAGAUCAAAUGGCUGCGCGAUUACUUUGUAAAGGAACUGAAGAGGGAACUUGGCUUGACGGUCAAAACAACCUCGCAACAAGGGCCCUCCACCCAAGGCUACGUGUCCCGCUGGGAGCACUUUAACAGGUGGGCUUUCCUGCGCAGCAUCUUCAGUGCCGACUUGUGCUCGCCUUCGACCACCGAUGCACCAGACUCGCCAGCACCAACAAGCGAGAAAGAGCACGCGGAUGCCGUACCAGCAUUCCAGAUCCCGCCAGCGGUAGAGAAAAGCGGACAGGACUCGCCAGCCAGUGACGCCGAGACAGGACCGAGAAACGAGUCUGGUUGCGCAACGAUCGGCGACGUCUCCGUGGAUUCGUUCUCCCUGUACGUCAUCUGGCAGCUGCGCCAGAUGAACCAGUACCAGAGAGACUUGGCGAUUCUGCGCAUAUGGCAGCAGCUGUUCGACGCGAAAUACACAGUCGAGCCAAGCAUCGCUGCCGUUGGGGCAGCUCAGGCGACUCUUGGUGGCACGGGGACGUCUCGUCACAGUCAACCGGCCUCUACAACACGCGACUCGCAGGCGGCCUGUGCUCUACGGCUCCCGUCGCCCAUUCGUGUUGGUGGUGUUGAAAUCAAGGGCACCAAACAGACCAGUCUGGGUGCAAGACCAGCGAGCGCGUAACCUAGAAUACCUUAAACCGCGUGUGAAAGUGUGAAAAAUGUCAUCCGUAAAGAGAGGAAACCGCAUAUUUUACUAGUGUGUUUAAUAUGUUAUGAAUAAACAACCUUUAUUUGAGUAUUAA